UGUAACAGGGCUAAGAAUAGCGAGCCAAUGGGCGAAACGUUUGCUGCAAGAGGCCGAUUCCCCAAGCUCAGGGGACUAGAUAGAGGCAAAAUGAGUUCCAACCCCCCCGUCUCCUGGUCCAACGCAGGAGGGAGCAGCUCGUACACCACACCACACAGUGUGCAACUCAGGAGAUACCAGGCAUAAGCCACUGAACUUCUCAAAACAAAAAAAAGUUUUGUUUGGAAGUGAGAGAGAAACGAACACGUUUUCUCUUUUUACUGUUGCCUUGAGUCAGAGAAAGAGAGAGGCAAAGUGUAGUGUGUUGUGUAUGUGUAUCCCUGUACCUGCCGGGAUGGAAAACAGCCUGAAACGCCUGGAGUGGGUCGUGCCUCUGUCCUUGCUACUCGGUGGUCUGAGUGGGGUCCACCUGAGAAGUCCGAGUUGUCACGAAGUGAGGACCGCUUUCCAGUUCCGUCAGAUCGGCCCCCUGAAAUUUGUGCCGGAUUUUCCCAGGAAAGAUGCAAAUUUACAGAUCUGCACGUACGAUGGGCCAACCUGUUGCACAAAGAGAAUGGAGGAGAAGUAUCAAGCAGUUGUUCGGAGAGAGGUCCUGCAGAGCAUCCAUUUCUUGACCUAUGAACUGAAAUACAGGAUUGAGAGGAAUGGCGAGGCUUUCCAAGAGGCUUUUAUAUCCUUGAUUCACAUUGCCAGCAAUCACACCAACUUCAUGUUCAAGACAGGGUACCGGACAAUGGCAGAGGAGGCUACAGAGGUGGUGAAGGGGCUAUUUACUGACAUAUCACUCUAUGUCCUGGAUAUGAGCUGGAGCAUUGAGGACAUAGUCCUGGGUUUCUUUGACAGCCUUUUCCCUUUGGUUUACAAUCGGCUGAUACACCCUGGACUAAGUGAGGUCUCUCUGGAUUAUUUAGAGUGCCUACGGUCAGCCAGACAGGAUAUUAACCCCUUUGGAACCUACCCUAUGAAGAUGGUAACUGAGGUGGCAGAACCUCUGCAGGCAAUGAAGAUUCUCCUCCAAGUCCUGAACAUAGGCAGCGAGGUGAUAAAUAUGACCAAGAGCAUUGUUCUCACCCGGGAGUGUACUAGAGCCCUAGUGAAGAUGCAAUAUUGCUCUCACUGCCAUGGCCUUACUCUGAUCAAACCUUGUGGUGCUUAUUGUCUGAAUGUGAUGCGGGGAUGCCUGGCCAAUGUCGCUGAUGUUGACCCUCACUGGCAGGCCUACAUUUCGAACCUAAACGAGCUGACCGGGAUCAUUACAGGACCACGAGGUGUGGAGCGUGCUCUACUGGGAGUGGCACCACUGGUUAAUGAAGCUAUUUUGCAUGCUCAGCUGAAUGGACCUGAGAUUUCUACUACAGUGAGUAAGGUUUGUGAUCAGCCCCAAGAGCGAGCAAUAACUACAUCACAGGAAAACAUCGCACGGAUCCCAGUCAUGCCCAGCCUCAAGCCCCAGGCUGUGACCCCGUUUGCUAACCUGAUCCAGAGAAGAAGCUCCCUGCCUCUGAAAGAAGUAAAGACUGAUAGGCCUAGGACAAUGAAAAAGAACACUCGGGAUUUCAUGAACUACAUCCGACGGUAUAGGACCUUUUAUGCUUCUAUAGCAGAGCAGAUCUGUGCAGGAGAUCUCCGGCCUCAUGACAGCUCAACCUGCUGGAAUGGGGGAAAUGUUGUGGAAAGUUACACAAACAGGGUAGUCGGGAAUGGAUUGAAGGAACAAGCGAACAACCCGGAAGUGAAAGUCCGGGGACCUGACGCUAUGGUGAAGAAAGUCAUCGACAAGCUCAUGCAAAUCGAUAAGAUGUUGCACAGCAAAAGGACCAGGCAGUCAGGGCAGUGGCCCUCAAGAGAACCCGGCAGUGGUGAUGACAGGGAAGAAGACUCUGAAUCGAGCGGAGACUGUGAUGAUGAAGAUGGAUGCACGGGAUCUGGAAGCGGAGAAGUGGUCCGUAAGGAGAAUACAUAUGUACAAGAAGAGCAAUGGUCGAAGAACCAGAUUUUCCCAGGGGUGGCCCCCACACUGAAGGGAGCAAAGGUGGCCCCUCCAAGCUCCACCCCCAGCAGCACAACUCAGAGCAAGCCAGGAGCGGCAGCCAAUCAUUAUAGCCUGUCCUCAGUCACCACGGUCACGAUGCUGGGGCUGCUGUGUCAUUGGCUGUUAUAGUUAAUAAUGCAUUGUAGGUGCCCUUGCCUGUUUUUAUUUAUCCAGUAUUACAACUAUCACACAGCUUCUUUUUUUUGUUGGAGGCCAAGUGGUGCUUUAGGAUCUGUGUUCUUGUAAUAUAGAUGAAAGCUGCAAUAUACUAUCGCAAACUGUUGGUCUGAAAGGGUUUUGUAUAAGCAAAAUGUAUCAUGUGAAAAAUGUACAUAGUUUGUAUAAAAGAAAGCAGUAGAUUUAAUCAAGGUAAAGGAAGUGCCCAGGAUACAAAUAGACAAUCUCUUUGAGUGGGAAUUCAGACACUGAGACCUAAUAGAGCUUCUUGAUUUUUGCAGCCUGCUCCAUUUAGUUGCCUGACUAACUCUCAGGAUUUAUUGAUUUGACUCCCUUGAUGUGUAGGGGCACCCUGACCAUGUAUUAUAUGCCCCAAUAUUUGUCUUCCCUGCCAGGGUAGCCAUCUGGAGUAUCAUUAUCUCUAAUCUUAGUUAAUAAACAGAGGUGCUGCUGUAAAAUGUAUGCACGUAUGCAGCCGUGAGGGCGUGCUUAUCCAGCAAAAACUGAAUGGAUUGAGAUCAUAGUCAUAGAGAGAUAUACAGCUUGGAGACAGGCCUUCAGCCCAACUUGUCCAUGCUGACGAGCUUCAGUUUCCAAAACUGAACUAGUCCCAUUUGGCCUGCAUCCCUCUGAACUUUCCCUAUCCACAUACCUGUCUAGAUGCCUUUUAAAUGUUGUAAAUGUCCCAGCCUCUACCGCAUCCUCUGGGAGCUCAUUCCAUACAUGCACCACCCUCUGUAUGAAAAUGUUGCUCCUCAGGUCCCUUCUAAAUCCUUCCCCUCUCAUCUUAAAACUAUGUCUUCUAAUUUUGGGCUCCUCUAUUCUGGGAAGAGAUGUUGGCUAAUCUUGACAUUUUAAGAAGGACCGCCUGAACCAAAUGAUUGGAAUGGGUGGGCCGAGGAUAUGGGAGGUUGGCAGGAUGGCGCUAUGGGAUGUUGUCAUCGUGAACUGUGAUUUCUCUUUGCUGUCCUACCACGAAGAUCGGAGUCACAGUGACUUAUGCUGAAUGUAUUUACUGAAUGCCAUCUUAACCUCUCCCAUAGAAUGUCACAUCAAUACUCAGGGCUGAGGAGUGGAAAACGUGAGGAGAGUCCGUCCCUUUAGUGACAUGUUUACUUUUUGGAAAUGGCUUCAUUUAUGUACAUUGAUGUUUUAAAUGCUUGUUCAGUUUGUCCGUCAAAUUUCGUGAAAACCUGGGGUUCACUGGAUUUGGGAUCUUGUGAUGAACAUGGUUAGGUAUAUCCACUUGAAGGGUAUUUCUGCAGAAUGCAAUCAUUGGUUUUAUUUGUGACCCAAAUGUGUUCUCAAGGAAAAUGACGCUGAUUCGCUGUCCGUUAAACUGAAGAAUAGGGGAUGGUUAUAAUCCAGUGCGUUUUGACCCUUUGCUGUGCCAGCAGUUAUCCCUCAUCCAGCACCUCUCACAAUAUCCAGUCAUUUACCUCAUUAUAGUUGGUGUCUUGGUGCUGUGCUGCUGCCAGUGUUUGUUACAUUCUCACAUUCUCUGCCAGCAUGACAAAACUGGACAGCUCCUCAGGUCAUUCCAUCUAUCAUGCAAUCCUUCUCGCAGUUCCAGCACACCUGAAAAUCCAAACUUUACUGUCAACGAAUCCCAGCUGGAAUUUUGUCUAUGUGGUAUUGAGCCAUCUGUGCCUUUCUCAGGUGAAAAGUCUUUUGACACAUUUUAGGAGACAAACGGAUCAGGGAAGUCCUUGCCACAGGGCCUUGACCUAAUGCUUGUCCUUCGGUCAGCAUCAACAGAAGAUCAUUUGGCUGUUCACAACGGUGUAGCACAGGGCCCUUCAGCCUAACAAGACUGUGCCGACCCAUGACGUCUUUCUAAACUUUUACCUCUAUAGUGUCAGUAUCCUCCUAUUCAUUGUCUAUUCAUAUAUCUGCCAAGAUGCCUCCUAAACAUUGCUAUUAUAUCCAUCUCAACCACCUCCUCAGGCAGCACAUCCCAGGCCUUUAACUCCCUCCAUGUAAAAGAAAUGUGCCUCUCCCAUUUCCUUUAAACUCACCCCCUUUUAGUUAAAACCUGUGAGCCCUAGUAGCUGACAUUUCAACCUCAGGGAUAAAGAGCCUGUUUAUCGCUUUGCUUUUCAUGGGAUCUUGCUGUGCACUCAUUGGCUGUCCAGUCGCCUCAUCUUGCAAUGGAGACUGUGUUCAAAAGUGUCUUCCUUGACUGCAGUGCACUGUCAGAUGUCCCGAGGCCAUGAAAGGUGCAACAUAAAAGUAAGUUUCUUUUCUGUCUUCGAUUUAUCAUUUCUAUAUAUAGCCUAUUAUCUGGAAGACUGGGAGUUUACAUUUUAUAGGCUGUUAAAUCUUCAAAGAUGUAUGUCUUUUACCCAGCAACAUGUGUGCUGCAGAUGCUGGUGAGACAGCCAGCAGGCCUUUUCUCUGCUUGCAACAUAUACGUGUCUUCCUCCCACUCCACCCACGGCUCUCCACAGCCUUAUUCCAGCUGCCACCUCCAUGAUUCUGCCAUUUACCUCCAGCAGGAAGUGCAUUCAGAACAAGUCACUUGCCCCCAAUUCCCCCAUGAGGAAGAGAUCAAACCUCCACCUCAUGUUUGGAGAGUGCCAAUGAUUCGCCAGGUAUUGGUGCUCUCAGUUUAUUGCAUUAUCCAUUUGCAUCCUUUAAAAAAAGCAAGGCAGGUUUUGCUUUACUUCAGAAAUGGACUUCUUUGUUGGCUAGGGUUCAGCAAAAACACUUAGACCGCGCUCCACACGCAGUGUUCAAGCAGUUGCUGUUACACCACUGGGUUUUUUUGAUGUGUAACUUCAUUCUUUAUAGGAACACUUCUUCAGAGCAGCACAUCAGUCUCAUUCUGCGAGGCAACUUUAACCAUCCCUCCUCCCUCUUUAUUGGUUCAGCACCCAUAACAAGGGGAUGCGCUGGUGGCGAUGAUUUCAGUCAGUCGCUAAUGUGGGUGAAUUUAAAUUGCCAGCAGAGCUGAUCUAAUGAGCCUACCCUCUGUAUGUAUGGAGGCUCAUUGAUGGGAGGUGGCCCCUCACUCAGAGCCACCAAUUCUAACGAGGAGCACUGUGUCUUGCUGAAGUAGUGAGCCAUGUAACACUAGGUUAUAGUCCAACAGGUUUAUUUGAAAUCACAAACUUUUGGAGCAGAGCCACUUCAUUAAGUGGAAUGAGAGACGAAAGCACAUGGACACUGAAUUUAUAGGCAGAGAGAUCAAGGGCAGAGAGAUCAAUAGCUCAUACAAACAGUGUGAGCAGAGUGUCAAAUAAUAAGGAAGGGUCACUGGACCCGAAAUGUUAGCUCUGAACUUUUUUCUUCACAGAUGCUGCCAGACCCGCUGAGCUUUUCCAGCAACUUCUGUUGUUUCUGAUUUACAGCACCCGCAGUUCUUUCGGUUUUUAUUUAGUAUUUAAAUCACUGCCACAUCUCUUCCAGGCAAGCCCACCUUGAAGAGGUUCUGCUCCUGUCUCUGAUGGGAUUUCCGUUCCUAUCUUUCUUCUUGCCCACUGACAUUAAUUUCACUGUAACUCCUGGUGUUUGACCAGGUAUUUGCUAAAACUCCUUUCCGCAGCCAUAUCAGGGUUCUGAGGAAAGGUCGCAUUAAUUCUGAUAUUUUCUUGACAGAUGCUGCCAGACCUGCUGAGCUUUACCAGCGACUUCUGGUUUCAUUGUUGUUGUUGUUGUGACAAAUAAUAAAUCUUUGCAGUUGACCAAGAGAGUCAGAUGGUGUGAGUAAAGUGCCAACAGCUGAAUAAUGACCGAAGGGACGGCCUAUAAUCUGACUAAAUGUGCCAACAAAUUAAUAAUAAAAUGGUGCUGGAGAUAAACCAAAUGACUGGAAAUAAUGUGAUAGAUAUAAGAAUCGCGUGCUGAGGCCUACUCAAGGUAGUGAGUAAUCAAAAACUGUACAAACUAAUUAAGGUAGAGAGAUCAUAACAAUUUAUCAAGGUGAUGGUGUCAAAACAGGACAUUAAGGGGGAUUUUACAGAUACAGAACAGUGUGGUGGUGUCAUAUGUAGCAUAAUAUGACCCUAAGAUCACAGCUGAGUCCCUCUCCAUGGGUACAGAAAUUGGCUAUCAGUUUCUGCUCAGUGAUUCUGCGUUGCCGUGUAUGUCAAAGCCUGCCUUGGAGGAAGCUUACCCAAAGUUGGGAGGCUGAAUGCCCUUGACCGCUGAAGUGUUCCCCUACUGGGAGGGAACAUUCCUGUCUGGCAAACUAUUCCAGUCACUUAAUUGGUCUCCAGCACCACCUUAUUUUUAAUAUUUUGUAAUUAUCUCUCUGCCUUAAUUACUCGGAUUAUAGGCCAUUCCUUCACUUGUUAUUCAGCUGCUGACACUUUACUCACACUGUCUGACACUUCUCUGGCCACCAGCAGAGACUUAUCAUCUGACACUCCACUCACACCAGUUGUACGAUCUUUCGAUCUGUCUACCCAUAAACUCUGUGUCCGUGUGCUUUUGUCUUACUUCACCUGACGAAGAGGCUGCACUCCGAAAGCUCGUGAUUUCAAAUAAACCUAUUGGAUUAUAACCUGGUGUCGAGUAGCUUGUGCCUUUAUCCACCCCAGUCUAACACCAGCACCUCCAAACCUUGUUGAAGUAGACUUCCCCUUAAAAAUCUACUUUAUUGAAGUAACUAUAAAUGAUGCAUCCAGCUUUAGUCAAAAGUUCGCUGAUAAUAGCUCGCAACAUCUCAUGACUGAUCUUAUGUUCUCUCAGAGCUUUUUCGAUGAAGGGUGUAGGCCCGAAACGUCAGCUUUCCUGCUCCUCUGAUGCUGCUUGGCCUGCUGUGUUCAUCCAGCUCUACACUUUGUUAUCUCGGAUUCUCCAGCAUCUGCAGUUCCCAUUAUUUCUGACAUGUUCUCUCAAACCUGCUUGAGGGCACCGGAAACUACAUUCCAAUAUGCCAAUCUUCUCUCACCUUUACUUUCUAGACCAGCUCCCUAAGGUGCUAACUGUUGCUCAGUUGGUAGCACCUCUCCUUCCGAGUUAGAAGCUUAUGAGUUCACAUGCAACUCCACAGACUUACGCAAAUAAAAUUACAGUGCAAAGCUGAGGGAGAACUGCACCUUUGGAAAUACUGUAUAUCCAAUUGGGUGUUAAACUGACAUUCCCAUCUGCUGUCUCCAGUGGAUGUUAGGGCUGCGACAACCCCUUCAGAAGAAGAACAGGGAGAUUUUUUUUUCCCUGAUAGUAGGAACUGCAGAUGCCGGAGAAUCUGAGAUAACAAGGUGUAGAGCUGGAUGAACACAGCAGGCCAG